UCAAAACAAAGUUCUGUGCUCUAAUCUUCGUUCCAAGAGCACAAAGAAGAAACAGUUUAUGAAAUAUGGUGGAUGCAGUAGUGUCAUUUGUGGUGCAGAGGGUUGGGGAAUAUCUCAAAAAUGAAGCAGUCUUCUUACGUGGAGUGAGAGGUGAAGUGGAGUCAGUGAAAAAAGAGCUGGAAUGGAUGAAUUGUUUUAUAAAGGAUGCUGAAGAGAAACAAGUUGACAGCCCUUUGAUAAAACAGUGGGUGUCUGACAUCCGAGAAAUUGCUUACGAUUUUGAGGAUGUCUUAGAUGAAUUCACGCUCCAAGUCCAUGACAAAGAUGAAGAAGGAGAGUCUUCAGAAAGAAAGCACGGACUCUUUACCGCCAUUAAGAAAUCGGUUGCUAAAUCUUCUCGCAAGGGAAGAGAGAAGUUAACUACGUACAAUAUAGGCAAGAAGAUUGAAUCUCUGAAAAAGGGACUCAAUGAUGUUUCUCAAAGAUGUGAAUUGUAUGGCCUGAGAGACAUCAAUAUAAAGAGGGACGAAGACUGCCAUGCUUUCAGAAGAAUGAAACAGCUGAGAAAAACCACCUCCUUUUCCUUUGAAGAGAAAGUAGUUGGUUACGAGGAUGAGACCAACAAACUGCUGGCUAAACUGCUUGCGGAUGAGCCAAGGCGUUAUGUGAUCUCUAUUUGGGGCACUGGUGGCUUGGGCAAAACAACCCUGGCUGGGAAACUUUACAAAAGCAGUGCAAUCAAACAUAAAUUUGAUUGUUGUGCUUGGGUUUCUGUAUCUCAGCAUUUCAACAUUGAAGAUCUUCUUCUAAGAAUCAUAAAAUCUUUUGGUUUUCCUGCGAAGAAAUUGAAGGGAAUGAGUGAAGAAGAUUUGGAGAGGUAUGUUCAUGAAUCUUUGCAAGGGCGCUCAUAUUUGGUGGUAAUUGAUGAUGUAUGGCACAAAGAAGCCUGGGCAAGCCUCAAGAGAGCCUUUCCAGACAAUGAGAACGGUAGCAGAGUAAUUAUUACCACUCGCAUCAAAGAUGUUGCAGAGCGCUCAGAUGAAAGAACUUAUGUGCAUGAACUUCGGUUUUUAAAGCCAGAUGAGAGUUGGCAGUUAUUCUGUGAUAAAGCUUUUUGGAAUUUAAGCAUAGAUGAAGGACUGGAGAGGUUGGGAAGAGAGAUGGUAGAAAAAUGUCGCGGUCUUCCCCUUGCCAUUGUUGUAUUGGGUGGUUUACUUUCAACAAAGAAACCACAAGAAUGGAAUUUAGUACGCGAUAACAUUUGGCAGAAUUUAAGUAAUGAUUCCAUCCAGAUAACAUAUUUAUUGGCUUUGAGCUUCAAUGAUUUACCUUAUAAAUUGAAGUUAUGUUUUCUCUAUUUAAGUCAUUUUCCAGAAGAUUAUGCAAUCGACACAGAUAAACUGAUUCGCCUGUGGCUGGCUGAGGGUUACAUACCGCACAAUGAAGAAAUAAUGGAAGAUGUGGCUCGCAAUUAUUUGAAUGAGUUGAUUAACAGGAGCCUUAUUCAGAAAGAGAAAACAUGGUUAGGCAAGGUUGUAACAUGUCGGAUUCAUGAUCUUUUGAGGGAUUUAUCGAUUCAAAAGGCAACAGAGCUCAACUUUAUUCAUAGUUAUGAUGAAAUCAGACGCUCAUCAACUCACUCUUCCAUGCUAUCAUGUCGACGACAAGCUAUUUACUCUGGGAUGAAUGGGAUUGCGUGGCUUCAACAGUGUAAUCCGCUCUUGCGUUCUCUUUUGAUCUUUUUUCUCAAACAAGAAGGUGCAAUGAUGUCGCAGUUGGUAUCAAAUUUGUGCACAACAUUCAGGUUUCUAAGAGUGCUCGAGUUUCAGCAUUACAGGAACACUCAAUCAAGCUGGUGCUUACCCAAAGACAUAGAUAAAUUGAUUCACUUGAAGUAUUUGGGUUUGAGGGAUACACUGAUUUAUUCUAUUCCGGAAUCGAUUCUCAACUUGUCGAAUCUGGAAACUCUGGAUUUAAACGAUGAUCCGUUCUGUUGUCUCUAUCUACCAACUGAAAUUUGCAAGCUGAAAAAUUUGAGACAUCUGAUCGGAGAGUUAAGAGGGCAAUAUUUGCGGAUAGACAAUAUGACAAAUCUUCAAACGCUCAUUAGUGUACAAGAUGACACUUGGACUCAAACAAAUCAUGAAUCAUUGGUUAAUCUUCGAAAGCUACACCUUUGUCUGAACCGUGAAAGCCAGAGGAACUUCACUUUCGAUUCUAUUGCCAAACUGAAAAGCAUUCAAAUUCUAUGGGUUGAUUUAUCAAAAAAUCAUUUUUUUUCUACACUGCAGCCGCUCUCUCAUUGCCCACAUCUCCGAGACUUGAGCUUAUGUGGGAAGAUAGAGAAACUACCAGAAGAUAUGCCUGUACUUUUGCCAAAUAUUGAACACCUAUCACUACAAAGUUCCGAACUCGUAGACGAUCCGAUGCCAGUAUUGGAGAAGAUGUUGAACCUCACAGUACUUGCUUUAAGACAUGGUUGUUAUUGUGGAAAGAAGAUGGUGUGCAGGGCAAAUAGUUUUCCUCGGGUCGAAAUUUUAACUAUUGAAACACUUUAUUUAGAGGAGUGGCAAGUAGAGGAGGGAGCUCUACCUGUGCUUACAGGUUUGGAGUUGAUAAACCACAGACAACAAUUCCAACUUCCCGAAAGACUGAAAUCAGUCCCUCGUCUUGGUUGAAAGAGAAGCUUGUCAGAGUGCAUUGACAAUAUUCAAUGACCAUUACUGAGGUGAUUGUUGUGUUUGUACUGUGUUCUCUUUCAAAUUUUAUUCAUCUCUAGCCCGGGUUUUGAGUUUGAGCAUAUGUAUUUAUGCAACUGGCUUUUAAUAUCUCAGUUUGAAUAUGUUAGCCUAUUUACUUAUCGAAGUGCCAUAAUACUUGUGGGUUGUAUAUCAGCUUACAGGGAAACAAGU